CCGCAGGGUGGACAGCGGCAGCAGCAGCACCAUGGACCUCUCCUUCAUGGCCGCUCAGCUUCCUGUGAUGGGAGGAGCCUUCAUGGACUCACCAAACGAGGACUUUGGGGCCGAAUACUCCUUGUUUAACUCAUCGGCCAACGUCCAUGCGGCCGCUUCCGGGCCAAACCAGCUGGAAGAGCCACCUCGGUCAUCAAAUGAUGCCAUCUUGUUAUGGAUUGCCAUUAUAGCCACCAUCGGAAACAUUGUGGUUGUGGGAGUGGUGUAUGCCUUUACGUUCUAAGAAGAUUGGAGACAUAACUACCGCUGGAUUGCAAAGAUGUGCUUGUAACCUUUUCUUGCUGGCAUGUACAGAAAUAUACACAAAUCCAGAUAGACGUAUAGCUAUGCAUUAGUUAGUUACUGCCCAAUCUAGAAACGUCUGAUUCAGUUUUCAAACUCCCAUGUGGGUGGCCCAAGGCCUUGUACCAUUCUCACAGAGAAAUCAAAGACGACCCCCUAACAAUGCUUGGUUAUUACAAAAUUUACCUAAUCUCUGAAGAGUCAGAAUCUCAGUUCCAAGACUGGAGUCGAUAUAUUGCGUCCCAAGAAAUAAAGGGAUUUUAUUGUACCUAGUUAAUGGUUACUUUUAAAUUGGUUGAUUUUCUAUUUCAAUUGUUUUCCAUCUUUUAAAAAGGCCUCCUAAAGUUAUUUUGAUAUUAAAAGAUCAUCUGCCUUCAAUCGAUCAAUCAUAUUUAUUGAGUGCUUACUAUGUGCAGAGCACUGUAGCAUGGCCUAGUGAAUAGAGU